AUUAUCAAAAUGCCCAAGAUGAGCUUUCCCAUGUGGAGCAAACUGAAAUCUCUGGAUACAGAAACAGGAAAGUCACGUAAGGACCGCGGAAAUAGCUUGUCAACCAAGUCAAGCGUGGAUGAGGAAUACUUGAAAGCCUUCAGAUCAAAUUCCUACGAAGAAAUGUGGGACAAAGUUCAGGGGCAGUUAGGAAUAACAAGCGCUACUACUAGUACUGGUGCCGCAUUUUCGCCAUCAUCCUUGUCUUCACCUUUCUAUUUGGACCUCUCCGAAUAUUUGCUCGAGCCGCGGCAAGAAACCCUAAAGAGCAUGAUUGAGAGCCUAAAUUUCCAUCUCCUUUUGGUCGAGUACUUUGAGGCCAGCCUGCGAGCUUGCAACAUCUGCGAACUACUUCUCCGAAGCAUCAAACAAGCUCGCUCUGAUUACCGGAAAAUCAAAAGGGUGAUCAAGAUGAGCAAAAGGGUACUAGUGCUUGAUCAUGAUCAAUAUGAUGAUCAUUCUCAAUUACUUCAUAAUGAUCAAUGUUCCCGAGCUGUAUUCAGAGAGCUUGGUGCAAUCGCACUGCUUAAAAACCCUUUGUCAAUCAUUAGCCCGGCGCAAUACCAUGAUAUUCGCGACGGGUACAUGGUUUUGCUCCAUAAAUUAACAUCAAAAGGGAAGAAGAUCAAGAGGAGAGAGAAGCUGAAAAGGCUUUGCAAGAAAGUUGGAGGAGCUGGGCUUGUGGUGACGCAUAGUGCAUUGUUGAUUGCCUUGUUGGUAUUUGCAUUUCAUGGCGUGUUUGGCAUUGUGGCAGCGCCGGCUCUAGUGGGCUGUUCCUCAGUUUAUUUGGCCAAGAAGAAGAAGAAGAAGAGAGCCAUGGAUUCACAGCCGCCGAGAUUGCCUGGAGGCGGGCUCGGCAAGCAACUUGAUAUGGCGACCAAAGGGGUUUUUAUACUGAUCAAUGAUUUUGAUACCAUGUGUCAAAUGGUGAGAAGAUUACAUGACGAAGUCGAACACCGCAAAUCCGUUGCUGAUAUUUGUGUGAGGAAUAGAAAGUUUGAGCUCCUAAGGGAGGUUGUGAGGGAAUUUCGGGAUGAGGAGCCUAGCUUUAUGGAGCAGUUGGAAGAGCUUGAAGGACAUAUUUACCUUUGUUUACUCACCAUAAACAGAUCCAGAAGGCUCGUAAUUCAAGAGAUAAUAGCUACCCAAAAGUGAUAAUUGUGAAUUAAGAUGGUACAACAUAUACUACAUGUCAAAUUAAUUAGAGGUGAAUGAAGUUUGAUGGACUUUGGUCAGCCAAAACCAAGUGAAAUGUGGGUGAAUUCUUUCAUGAAUUUAGAUGCUGUAUGCAUGGGUUAAGUCUGCCCAUGAUUCACUAGCGGGCAUGCGAGGACAGGCUGUCGCAACUAGCUGUUGACUUAUUAAAAUUCCUUGUUUUUUUUUUCCCUUGUUUUAUUCUUUGAAUAUUGCAGAACUCUGUCUUCAAUGACAAAUGUUGAAGCCCUUUUGGUAUUAUAUAGCA